AUCGGGUGAACAUAGAUAUUAGUUCCAGCCCUAACUCGAAUCGCAUUUAAAUUUUAAAACGCUGGCAAAAAUCUCACUAGCUUAAGAUUCCAUUUAGUUUUCGGUUAAGUGCAACGGCCAGUAUUCCCACCGCACGCGCAGCCUCCGUUCGAAUUUAUCGUUUAAAACUUGCACAUUCCCCUCGCCCACGCACUGCUGUUGUUGCUGCUGCUGAGUUGCCGUUGUUGUUGCUGUUCUUGCUUACACUGCUGUUGUGUGGCUGCUGUUAUUGUGGUUGUUGUUGGUGCAAGGACAAGUGACGUCCUUCGAAAAAGGCGCAACAAUUUACGUCGCGCAACAAGGUGUUUUCGGGGGUGGCGGGAAAAUCAAUAAAUAGCAAAGAGCAAGUGCAUACACAAGUGUAUAUGCAGCCAGCUGCAAAUUGGCACAAAAAAAAAGAAAACCCAGAAGACCCUAUUAUGGAUAACGCGGGCGAGGACAGCGACAAUGAUGUGGUCACCGAUUUUCUGAACUCCAACUGCAGCGAGUCCUCGGAAGCGUUGGUCAAUGGUGGCUCUGCCAACCGAGGCGCCUCCAUCGAAAGCCAGAACUACUGCAUACCCGUAAUAAACGCACCUGUUCCUGCUCCAGCACGCGCCCCCGUUGCUCCGCCAGCCGCAUCCACUCCUGCCAGCAACAACAUCAACAACAACAACAUGAUACCCACCAUUAAUGUGACGCCACACAGUCCAGCCCUGGCCUCCAAGUACAACAACAUAUUCGAGGACACGCUGAGCCAGCUGCAGAAUAUCCGUGAAACAGUCGUUCAGAUGAAGAACUCCUCCUCUCCCAGCCAACACAUGCAGGACGGCAACUUGGCCAAUCAUGGACUGCUUAGCGCAGCUAUACUGAGUACCUCGCUGCCCGAUCUCACGGGGACGGGCACGGGUCCCGCGUCCGGUGGCUCCAAUUACGCCAUGUGGUCGUCCACGGCACCGCAGCAGUGCCAGUUUCUUCACACAGACCGACGAAAGUCCUGGACAGCCGUGGACGAUGGCAGUGGAGCUGGUGACUGCACCAACAAGAGCGUAAGCCUAUCCAGCCUGGACAGCGAGGAGCAGGAAACCAUUCGCGUCACCGAGCAGCGACGAAGGUCGGCCAGGAACAGCACUGGAGGUAUUUCGACCCACUCACUAAACGAGGCGGAGCUUGCCCGUGACUUCGAGCGGAUUGCAGCCAAACGAAGCCUGGCAACGGAGAUCAUCAGCCGAAUACCGCUGCAGAAAAGCAUAUCGACGAGCUCAAUUAUCGCCAAGGAGGAUAUCAAAGCGAUCGCCCGCCACCUCACUGACAGCGAGGAUGAGAAUCAAAGCCUGUUGCGGGCCCAUGCAAAGAUCGAGGUCUACGACACCGUAGAGAAGCGUCCCAAGCGCGGUUCUAUAUUCUUCCGCAAAAAGAAGCCCAAGGCGAAAACGAAGUCCUUGGUGGGAGGACAGCUUAGUGCGUGCGACGUUUGCGGUGCUGCAAUCACACUGGCGCAGAUCAAGGAGCAUCACCUUGAGUGCAAGGUGAAGAAAAUGGGCGUCGGUCAGGAUUACUACGACGGCCCGGAUGCUAGCACCUUUAGCAACCCAGAGGAUCAGCCUCUAAUUCGUUCCGAUUUGCAGUUUCUCAACGAAGCGCCCAUUGAAGCGCAGGAUUUGGGAGCCGAUCCCGUUUUAGGAAUCGUUCUCAAGGAGCACGACUCCUGGACACCCAAUGUGCCUAGGGAGUUACUCAAGACGCUUAAAGAAUUGCAAAUCAAGAGGCAGGAACAUAUCUAUGAGUUCAUUAUGACCGAGAAGCAUCACUGCCAGACACUGAUCGUCAUGCAGAAAGUAUUCGUUGAGAGUCUGGAGCGGCACUUUCCAUCACUCAACCUUAACAGCAUGUUUCCGCGCCUGCAACAGCUCACCGAUCUGCACACCUGCUUCCUGCGUCAGUUGCGACUAAAGCAACGUGAGCAGCACAUGGUGGACAGCAUUGCCGACAUAUUGCUUGAUUUCUUCUCGUUGGAGCAGGCACAAUGCCUGCGACUGGCCUACGGAGAGUUCUGUGCCAACCAUCGCAGCGCUCUGGACCAGUUUAAGCUAUGUCUGACCGAGCCGAGCUUUGCCGAGUGGUACAAGCACUGUCUACAGAAUCCGUUGCUCAAGAAGAAGGGUAUCCCCGAGUGUAUCUUGUUUGUGACUCAGCGCCUUACCAAAUAUCCUUUGCUCAUCGAACCACUGCUGAAGAGUGCCAGGGAUAACAAGUUGGAGACAGACAAGCUUCAGCAUGCCCUUAACCUGGUCAAAUCCCUACUGGUCGAUGUGGAUGCGUGUGUGGCGGAGAAGGAGCUGCGCGAACGUCAGCUGGAAAUCUAUGGUCGUGUAGAUGCCAAAUCCUUUGCUAUUUACAAAAAUAAGCCCUUCCGAAAAACUGAGCUAGGUGUAGAGUCGCGACGUCGUCUGAAAUUCGAUGGAUUGGCCACUCUCAUGCAGGGCAGGGCUAAGACGCAGCUUGUCCUGGUCGUGGUGCUCACCGACUGCUUGUGCUUUCUUAGCGAGAACUCCGGUCACAACAAGUACUCGUUCUUUACGCCGGAGCACAAGGCUGGAGUGGUUCCUCUCCAGAAAUUACUAAUCCGCGAGAAGGCGGGCACCGAGUCCCGGGGAAUAUAUAUUAUCAGUUCCAAUCCGGACUUCCCAGAAAUGUACGAGUUGAAAGUGCAGACGCCAAAGGACAAGAACACUUGGAUUCAAACCAUCCGUCAGGCUGUGCUUGACUGUCCCGCAACGGACAUAAUCGAGGCGGAGGAUCUCACGGCGGAGGAAAAGCUGCGCAUCGGAGUGAACAAAAGGGAGACCAUUGAGAAGAUGCGUCAAAAGGACAUUGAACAGGCGCUACUGCUGGAGGAGAAACUUAUGCUUCAGUUUAAUUUGCUCAAGGAGCAGCAGCCCUUUGGAGAUGUGGCCGGCAGCAAUUCCAAUUGCAGUGCAGCCAACUUCCUAGCGGCCUUUGGCUCAUACAAGGAUCUCGUCAGUGCCGACUGUGACACGGCGGAACUGUGGCGCAGAGUACUCAACACGGUGCAGGACAUUAGCCAGUUAGCUUCAACAAUCUACUCGGCUGCCACAGGUCAACCAGUGUCCAGAACUCUGAGUAGCGUAGGCGAGAAGCAAAGUGAGCAGUACGCUUCGCCCACUCUGCCAAAGCGGGCGGAAACUUUUGCUGGCUUCGACGAAAAGCGCGGCAAGCUGGCCUCCAAGCUAGUGCUAACACCCCGUCUUCAGGAAUUAGAAGAAAAGCGAGAACCAAAAAACGGAUCCAGCUCGGUGUCAGAGCAGCCGCUAGAGAACAACUAUGCAGUGCUACAGGUGUCGCACCAUCUGCAGACUCUGCUGUGCAUCAUCUCCCAGCAGAUGACCACCAUCAAUAACCUGCAACUUCAGCUGGCCCUUUACAGGGAGAGUCCUCGCUCGAGUGCCUACACGCACAAGGAUCAGUUGGAGGAGCUGCGCAACCUGCAGGACAAGCAGCAGGAGGAGAAAACCGCCUGGCAGCGUCAGCUUAAGCAGCAACAGGAGGAACUCGCCGAGAUGCGGGCACAACAGCUGCAGUUGCAGAAGCAAAUCAAAGCCGAGCAGGAGGAUGUGCGUCAGCAGCGUGAACAGUUGUACAAAAAGAUGGAGCUCCUCUCCAGUCAGGGUCUGUUGCUGUCGCCCAGCACUCCCCUGCCUCCGGUCAGCAAUAAUCAUCCUCCACCUGCUGCGCUGUUCGAUGACAGCCACGAGACAGACAAUGGAUUUAGUGGGACGGGCAGCAGCACGCCCAGUGUGGGCGGAACCUUCGAUCGACGCAAAGAGAAAUGGCUAAGUGGAUCAUCGAGCUGCAAAACUCCGCCUGUGAAUUUGAUCAGCGCUAACAAUGCACCCAAAGCCAACGCCACUCUGGUUAAGCAAAAGCUGCCCAUGAAGCUCUCCUCGCUCUCGUCCAGCGGCAAUUCCAGCUCCCGCGUGGACAAGUCCGCCAGCUUUAAUAGCGCAUCUCCGACACCCUACAUCUCCUCCGGCAGUGUGCAGCAGAUGUUUCCUCUUAAGUUGGCUGACCGGCGAACAGCAACGCCCUUGAAUUGUACAACGACGCCCACGACGGGAAUUGUGCCGCAACACUCGCGAACAGGCAGCUCACCGGCAAUCAUCCAGCAAGCAACGACUACUGCUACUCCCACCCAGACCCCCAUAGGCCGAGCGGAAUCGGUGGCCCAUUAUACACGAACUCCGACGAGCAGCCGCACAGGAAUUGCAAGAACGGCAGGAAUCGCUGCGGCCACAGGCACAGCACCUCGAGCCAAGCCCGAGGAAGAGGAGAUUUACUUCUGACGCCAGUUCACACCGGAAGUCGAAAUCUAAAUGUUGAAUCAUUUGAUACCAGUUUCUUAAAAACAAAACCGGAAACCUGAUCUUGGGCAAUGAGAGGAACUGAAAAUACCUGUUGACUGUACCUAUACUAUUCCAAAAUCCAUAUCCACACAAUCCAUAUUUAGUACUGCCCAUUUUAGGCUCAGCAUCGCAAAUGUUAUAUUUAAUUUAAGCAAACGUACUGUACUUAAUGGUAUUUCUUACGGACUCGCUAUCAAUCCAAUGCAUCUCAAACUGUUCAGUAAUUCAGUUAACAAAUUAUUUAUUAACCAUAAUUUAUAUAUUUUUUAAACCAAUUUUAUUUUGGACAAAAUAAUAAUUACAAUAAGUGUGAGUGUUUUCCAACGAAUUUUACUUCUUCCAAUAGGGAAACCUAUUCAAUAUUUAUUAUAUACCCAAAACGGAAAUGCAAUCCAAAAGCCUUUAAGCGUUCAUCCAAAUUAGGAUUAGGAGAAUAUAUGUUUAUAUAUAACCACAAGGAAUGACAUUCCAUCGAGAUUGCCCAACUUUAUUAUUUACGUGCAUCGUUUACGUGCAUCUUAAAUUUUUAAUGUGCUCUCUAUUGACGUUAUGAACUUUGUAUAUAAGUUUAAAUAACUCUGUACUUUACCUUUCCAAUCCUCGCUAUAAGUGUUUAUGUGCUUAGAGGAGACUAAGAACUGGUCACAAACUUUCUCAUCUACGCAUUAAAUGAAGCUCGCUCCAAUAAAUGUUUAAUAUUUAUAAAAUCUAGAAA